AGGGCUGGUGAGCGGAUAGCCGACAUUGUCUCUGGAAUGUUCCGGAAAGUUCUCUCCACCGGCUUCCUGGUGCGGGCCCUUCACGCGGCCCUGACGUGGGCGGUGACGUUCGUUCUCUUCCUGUACAACACGGAUCUGAGGCAAAGCAAAGAGCAUGGCGAGUUCUUACAACCAGUCAUAUUUAUCCUGCUGGUUCUCUGUUCAAUGUUAUUGUACUUCAUUACCUCCCUCAUGGACCCAGGAUACGUCACAUUUGAUGAUGAACUAAAGGUAUCUCAGUCAAAUCAGUGUGUUUGGGAUGAGAAGGAACAGAUGGUGCCUGUGAUACAGAAAGCCCAGAGACUGAGACGCUGUGGAUACUGCAUGGUCCAGCAGCAGCCCAUGAGGUCUAAACAUUGCCAGUCCUGUCAACACUGCGUGCGGCGAUAUGACCAUCACUGUCCGUGGAUUGAGAAUUGUGUGGGGGAGAGAAAUCAUCGCUUCUUUAUGCUCUAUCUGAUAACGCAACUAACUGUCUUGAUGUGGGCUUUCCACAUUGCGUGGUCUGGAUUUUGUGCUGAACCCAGAUGGAAAGACUGGCUACGUGUCAACAUGUUCCUGCUGCUGGCAUUCAUUAUUAUCAUCAUUUUCACCGUGGUGGUUAUGCUGUUGUUGGUAUCACACUUGUAUCUAGUGUCCAACAACACCACAACUUGGGAAUUCAUGUCUCGCCAUCGUAUCUCUUAUCUGAAACACUGCAGCUCAGAGGAAAACCCUUUUGAUGAGGGCAUUCUUAGGAAUUUGUGGAUGUUUUUUUGCAUGUGUAAGACAGUUACAUGGGAAAAGGUUUAUUUUAGAGAGGACAAUGAGCAGGUUUAGAGAGUGGGUUUUCAUUAAUGUGUGAUCUCUACUCUAUUCAUUUUGCUUUUCUGCCUCACUGAGAUUGAGUCUGAAGAAAAUGUGAACAUUAUUUAUCAAAAACAAAGUGCUUCAUGUGAGAGAUUUUCUCCUUGACUGCCAGAGGCAAGUGGGAAAUAGAGAGCAAAAGGGAGGCAAGAUAAAAUGACAAGUUGCUAUAGCCGUUAUGGGUGUGGUAUGCAAAUUCUUUCCUCUUUCCACUCCAUCCCAAAUCAGAGUUUUAAGUUGUGGCUCUAAUCAAUUGUGGGUGAGGUAAUUGGGUGGUGGUGGUGGUGGGUUUGAAGGAACUGAAGUAGUUUUCCAUGGUUAAGAGUCACUCGUUACCAUCCUGAAUAGAUAUUGAGAAGGAUUAAGAGAAGAAAAAUUAUUUAAAUUAGAACUCUGAUUCUGGGUUCUGGAUACUCAUCACGGUUUAAGAUCAAUUACUAAUGUCAAAGUAUACUGAUCCUCAUUUUAACAAAACACAUUUAAUACAAUAAUAUUUUUGAUACUUCAAUAUGGAUAUAUUGAAACAAUAACUUUUAUUUAUCGCCAAUUUUCAAAUGAAUAAUUUUGCAGUCCAUAUCUAAAAUUUAUCUGCAUUGAAUCAUUUUUAUUCCAGCAAGGAUUACUGUGUUUAUAUAUAUAUAUAUUUACAAUGUUAAAAACAUUCAAUUUUAGCAAAAAAAGCUUUUCAUAAAAUAUUCCAAUGAUGCUUAUUACCCAGAUCUUAAGUUUACAAAAUUCCUGUAAAUAUAUUUACCUAGGUGUACCAAAUUCUUCUGGACAGCAUCAGUAUUCAAAUUCUGCACAUUGUCAGAAAUCAGAACUUUUAUCAAUGGUUUCAUUUGGCAGAGGUAGCAGAUACCACCCCAAGUCAAAGAUUGUUAAGAUUGUGAAAUAUUCCUUCAUUGUGGUUCAGUACAAGUCCUGAAACAAACUACCUCACAGUACUAUGGCAGUAUUUUCAUUUUGAGAGAUUACAGAAGUUCAGAGCUGCCAAGAAUGGUCAAUAAAUGCAGACUUUGCUGGCAAUGCCCACAUCCUGAAUAAUGGAUGCAUAAAUUCUUACACUUCAGUGCAAUACUUACAAUUAUGUACAGCAUGAUGAAAUGCAAAAUUAAUGUUCCAUCCCCAAGAGGAUGCAAGAAACACUGGCAAUAAAUUGAAAGAGCAUGGGGAAGGGGUGAUCAGAAAGCCAGCAUAUCACAUCUGAACCAAUUAUGAACAAAAUAUAAUCCCAGUAUUGUUGCAUAGCCAUUUGUGGAAUCUUGCAUACAAAUCAAUCAUCUUGUUUCUUACAAUGCAAUAGUGACCAUACUUCUAAUGUACUUCUUUGUGGUAUAGAGCAAUAUAAGUGAAAGUUCUUUUUUAAGAAAAAAAUAAUUUAAACCAUUAUAAAUGGAAAAGGGGAGAAAAAGGAAUUAUUUAUGAAGAUCCUGUUCUAGUAGGUAGCUAGUCCAAACACUAAUUUCUAUUGAGAUUGCUGGUCAUCCAAGAAAUUCUGCAAGCAUACCAACAUCAAUCAUGCAGUUACUGCUGCCAUGGAGUGCAGAGGACAAGUAACUGAAUGAUCUUGGCUGUGAUUGCAAUCCAAAACCACCUAGCUCAUUGCAUUAUUCAACCUAGCCAAUUUGUCCCAAUCCUACAGCAUUUGUUCCAUUCCUGGUAACAGUGGUCACAUCUGCCCCAACAGAAUAAACUUUUAUGACAAGAUUACAUGCGUCAAGUUUCUGUACAGCCAAGUCCUAAACUACUUGUGAUGUCUUUAGACCUACAAUAUGCACUGCAAAAUGUCAAGCACAAUUGAUCAGAUUUAUCGUCUGAUUUCAGAUACCAGGGUGAGGGUGACUGCUUUUCUCCAAAAGUAAUGAAUACAAACAUUUUAAGUGCAAAUACAAAUUUUAUAUACAAGAAAAUAAAUUGAAGGCGGACCAGGGUUCAUUGAGGAAACUGAAAUGCAACUGGGGACAAAUUACCACUGAGAAGCAGCAUUACUUAUUGCCUCUACAGACAAAAAUGCAAGUAAUGCACAACAUUUUGGUGCUGAUCUAAUCUUGUGCUCCAUAUAACUGUUUUUGUUCUAUUGAUUUAAAACUAUAACCUCUAAAUAUAUGUUAAUUUUGUUACAAGAGCAGGGGAUUUGUAUUUCAACGCCUGUAAUUAAAUCACAUCCAUCAACAUUGAGGCAUGUUUGAUAUACUGAAAAAAAUGGAGCGUAUAACUGGCAAAACAGGUUUAUAGUUUAUAGCAGGAAUUUAAUCUACAUUGAAUUUAGACAGCUGGACUGUACUGGGAAUUUAUAAGUCAUUACCAUUAAAUAAUAGUAUGUUACUGUACAUUUUCCACAACUUGAUACUUUAAUAAUUUUCUUAAAAGGUUUCUGAACAGACCAAUUUCAUUAAAAUAUUCAGCUUAAUUUUGGAUUAGAAUCUGUUCUGUGCCUCAAAUCAUCAGUACUUGGAAAAAUAUAAUGAUUAAACAAGUUUAAAUCUUUA